AUGACAUUGCGUCUCACUUCAGCCCCAGUGUCCGGCAUUCAAAAACGAAAAUCAGUCAAACCUCCGCCCAAAGCCCGCGCCUCGCCAUUUUCCGCCAAUGCGCGUCGCAAGCCUAAUGUCGCCACAACCGGCCUGAAAGCCGUAGACUUCGGUCUCGACGAACCUCUCCCAGACGAAGGGAUAUCUCAAUAUAUAUCAGAAACUGCCGCGGUUACGAAUGUGGAACAAGCGAUCAGACAUGUACGAACCAAAAUGUUCGACGAAAUGCCCGAGCGGGCGGGGAUGAACAGCACCCGGAUUGCGGAGGUUCUGAAUCUGCGUCGGUCGUUACCACCACUUGCCUCCGUGGCCCAUAUACACACCUUGUUGAACGCACCAACACAGGUCGAGCGAGAGAUUGUCGAGUUACUGAAAUCAGGACGGGUGCGCCGUCUGAUAAUUCCAGGACGCGGCAAUGAUGCAGCGGGACUGGGCGAUUGCCUAGUCCUCGCGGAAGAUUGGGAGCAGCUGGUACGUGACAGUCCAGCUUUGGAUGUCGAGGUCAAGGAGAAAUUCUUAGACAUACUCAAUCGCAUCGGAACCCAUUCUGCACUCUCGCAGGGCAUCUUCAAACCUGACGAGUAUCGAGCUUUAAUGCGCGCCGGCUUCCUCGUCUCUUCCUCAACGCUCACGCAGGGCUCAUUGAGUCUCACAUCUCUCCCCAACCUGCCCGGCGCAGCAGUUUCGUCAGCCAGUCGGAGUAGGUCUGCACAUUCUGAACCCGACCGACCCGUGCAAAGCGACGCCCAGGCUCGCUCUGCGACGUUAUUCCUGUCUCUGCCUAAUACCGGAACAUACCUACGAUUACUUGGCGCAGGUCGCGCACACCUCCUAGCCCUCCUCCGCCGGUCUCGGUGUGGUGAGGCCCCGCUGAGCUUGCUUAGAGAACGGUGGGAUGGGGCAGUCGAAACGGACAAGAGCUUCCACUUGGCGAAACGGGCCCGAGGCGAGUUUGCAGGUAUCUUGCCAGGUAAAACCAAAAAGUGGAAGGAUAUGUACGGCAUGCAAUUUCGUUGGGUGCUGGAAGAGGCACUGGGUGCCGGACUGGUAGAAAUAUUUGAAACAGGCAGUGUAGGACCAGGGAUCCGCUGUCUAUAG